AUGUCUGAUAUCCAAGUAACUCAAAUCGAUGCAAGCUAUGCUCAAGCUCUCUCUGCUUUGGGCAGAAAGUUAUUUGCAGACACAUUCAGCCCUGAUAAUGCUCCAGACAACAUAGAAGUCUAUUUAGAUGAAAGUUACAAGCCAGAGAUUCAAGAAAAGGAAUUGAACGAUCCCAAGAUGUACACAUACAUGGCAUUCGAUGAAAAUAAGGCUCCUGUUGGUUUUGCUCAGAUGCGUCAGAAUAAGAAGGUGUAUGAUUUUGUUGGAGACCCAGAAGCGAUUGAAUUGCAAAGAAUCUACGUUGAUAAAAACUGUGCUGGAAAAGGUAUUGGCAGCAAAUUGAUGGAAGCAUGUCUUGUUAAAGCGAAGGAGUUGAACAAAAAGACCAUGUGGCUCGGUGUUUGGGAAUUCAACCCUACUGCUAUUAGCUUCUAUACCAACAAGGGCUUCUACAAGGUUGGAUCUCACAUUUUCAAGAUUGGAGAGCAAGAAGAUACUGAUCACAUUAUGGUUUUGAAGUUGUAA